UCUCGUUUCUGCUUUAACUCGAGCACCCAAACACGAUAACAAGAUUCUAGUUCAACGCUGAAAUCUGUUCUUCUUUACUGGAUUUCACGAUGCCUGUUCAAGAAUUGAAUUCUGUACGGUCCAACAUAGGACUGAGUACUGCAAUAUGUGCUGUGUGUCAUGAAGGAUUUGGUGUCGAUGAACGAAUGGUGAACUCAAAUGGUCAAAUACUUCAUGAACGUUGCUUCGUAUGUGUUCAGUGCUUUCAGCCAUUCCCUGAUGGACUGUUUUAUGAGUAUGAUGGCCGACGGUUUUGUGAGCAUGACUUUCAAACACUUUUUGCUCCAUGCUGUAAGCAAUGCAGAAAGUUUAUCAUUGGUCGUGUGAUUAAAGCUAUGCAAGCAAACUGGCAUCCUGACUGCUUUCUUUGUGAAAUUUGUGGAGAUGGUCUUGCAGAUGCUGGUUUUGUAAAAAAUGCAGGCAGAGCAUUAUGCAAGAAGUGCAAUGCUGAUGAAAAGACAAAAAAAACUGGCCGUUAUGUAUGCAGGAAAUGCCAUACAUAUAUCCCUGAAGGAGAGCACAUCAUGUACAUGGGAGAACCUGUUCAUCCAUGGCAUUACAACUGCUUCUGUUGUGGAAAAGAGCUUGACCAUCUUUGUCGCAAGAAGGACACAGAACUCUACUGUCUCAGGUGUCAUGACAUGAUGGGAACACCAAUUUGUGGUGCUUGUCGGCGUCCAGUUGAGGAUCGUGUUGUUCAUGCAUUAGGGAAAGCUUGGCAUGUUGAGCACUUUGUUUGUGCCAAGUGUGAGAAGCCCUUUUAUGGMCAUCGAUACUAUGAACGCAAAGGACUGGCCUAUUGUGAAACACAUUAUAACGAGUUAUAUGGUGACAUAUGCUUUGAAUGUAACAAGGCAAUUACUGGUGACGUUGUAAAUGCAUUGAACAAGUGUUGGUGUGUUCAUCAUUUUACAUGUAUUGGAUGUAGCAUUUCUCUUACCCUCAAGAGUAAGUUUCACGAGUUUGACAUGCAACCUCUCUGUAAGAAGUGCUACGAAAAGAUGCCUCUUGAAUUGAAGAAAAGACUAAAGAAAGCUGAAAUGGCYAGCCCAGCAAAAAGAGCUUGAUGAAUCAGAAAAUGCCAGUUGCAAAAUUCAUCUUGAAUAUCAAUAUUUUUGUAGAAAAUGAUUUUUAAUAAUAACAAUAUUGCAAUAUAUAAAAUAUAUAUACUCUUUAACCUGUGUGUUUGUGUAUUUCUUCUAGCUGUUAAUAAAGUUGUAAUUAACGUGCAAAUUU